ACUGAUCUGGCAACCCAUUCCUGGCGUGAUUUUUUUUCUCCUCUACUGCGACUCAAGGCUUUUGCUUGUGUAGAGUCCGGACGCAGAGGCUCAUAAGCAGCUCAUAAGCACCUCUGCUCCUGUGCUCAGAGACGUAUUAAGUUUCUGGAACGCUUAUAAGCGUAUCGGCUUUUCCUGCACGCACGCAGUUUUUUGGAUGUUAAACACGACUGCUGAUUCAUUUGUGACAUUAAUUUUAAACACGCAGUUGGUCCACGAGCCUCUCCGUCGUCUUGUGCCUCGUUUCCGCCUGAUGUUGAAGUCAUGGUGUUCGGCUCUGGAUGAAAAUUUUCCUGACAGCUCUCCCGGCUGAAGAAACGACACCGCCGCGGUGUUCAUGGCGCUCAGUUCUGCAUGAUUUCUGCUUUCUGAUUCUGUCCAUGAUCCGGAUGAGCUUCUCCAAAGCCGCUGCUUCUUCCUGCAUGUGAUCUGAUUCAUUCCACCGCUGCUGAAGGGUGUUGAUGGAGAGCUUUUCGAAUGACAGCCGGGACAGUGGUCAUCACAGGCGGGAUUCUAGCUACAAUAAUCUUACUGUGCAUCAUUGCAGUACUGUGUUACUGUAGACUGCAGUAUUAUUGCUGUAAGAAGGAGGAGUCCGAGUCGGAGGAGGAGGAGCCUGACUUUGCCGUGACGUCUCGUCUGCCGCCUGUACACUCCAACCACAACAUCCUGGCUCCUGCUGUCUCCCCGGUGCCCACCCCCAACGGGCCGGCCCUGUUCACGCCCCCACAGCCAACCCGCAAGCUGACCCGCUCGCAGACGUUCUGCCCGUCCUGCACACACUACGACAUGCCCUUCUACCUGCAGCAGCCGGACGGCCUGAGGAACGGCGGCGAGCGUCUGAGCUUCCGCAGCGUCCAGCAGCACGAGCUGGAGCUUCCCACGCCACUGCCCACGCCGCUGCCCACACCGCUGCCCAACUACCACAAGCUCAACCUGAACCGCUCCGUCACCAUGAGACAGAUGUUCACACGCAGCUGCAGCAUCAGCACCGAUGUCUAGCGCUGGGAGAGCGUCUGACCUGCGCCCCCUGCAGGCCUGGAGCAAAUCCACAGGUCCGUACAGACGCUUGGUUAGAGCUCAGGCUCAGAGGACGCUACACGGAAGGUGUAAAUGUUUUAGCACACAAAACACACUCAUGGAAAGUGGUGAGGAAUAAAAAUGUAAAAAAUAUUUAAAUGAAUUAAUCCUGAUGUUAGGAGGUGGUUUGGGGAAGUGAAGAAAAAAAGGCUGGAGAGAGUUUGUGUGAUUGUCUCAUUUUGGUCUAGAAAAGUAAAAGAAAUCACAACACUUUCUUUUGUACAUAAAGUUUAACUUGUCAUUUUGUAACACCGGUGUUUGUGAAUGUGUGUGUGUGUGUGUGUGUGUGUGUGUGUGUGUGUGUGUGUGUGUGUGUG